AUGAACUAAAAUAAUUAACUUCAAGAAGAAAUUACUAAGGAACUCUUAACAAUAAAAUAAGAUAUUGAAUUGAAAAUACCAGAAUUCAUUAGAUAAGGUUGUCUAGAAUUGAAAGUUGAUCAAAUUUCAUUAUAAAAAAAGCAAGACAUCAUUAAGUGUCUUGGUGGUAAUAAAUAUAAAUAAGACAAUCAAUUCAUUCCAAAAUUAACUGAAUGUUUACUUAGUCAUCUAUUAAGAAUGAAAAAAUGUAGUUUAUAAUCUACAAACAUUAAUCCAGCCAGACCCAUAUAUUUAGGAUAAUUGAUUACAAUAACUAUGUUUUAUUAUGAAGAUAAGAUCAUCAAAUCUUAUUCAAUUUUAGAAGAAUUAACUAAAUUUGUUAAUAAAUAAAUUCAUGUGUACUUUGAAGGUAUACGUGAAAGAUUAAAGUUAAUUAAAGAUAAAGAAUAAUAAUUAUUAAAUUAAUUGAGAAAUUCUCAAUCCAAUAAUGAUAAAUAAAAUGAAACAUAAUAAGAUAUUAAUUUUUUAAAAUGCUAUUGUCAUUCAUAACCAGGUUUAUAUGUAUAAAUUAAAACUAAAUUAAAUACUUCAAAAAUUCUAAAAUGUAAAAUUUGUUCAUAGAAUUUUCAUGGAUAUUGUUUACAAAUUAAUAAUGAUAUUCAAGAUUUCAUUUGUCCAUAUUGUACACUUGUAAUGUUAAAUCCUUAAAAUAAAGUAAUUGAUUAAAUAGUUUAAUCUACAUUUUAAUAGUUUCUAUAAUAUAAAAAUGAAAAACAUUUCUUAUUUAAUUGUCCUGUUAAACAUAAAGGAUCUUAAAUAGAGAUUAGAUGUUUAAGAAUAGAUGGUAAAGAUGGAUUAAAUGAAAUCACUUGGCCUGAUUAUGGAGAAUUAUAAAUGAAUGGUGUUAAAUUAGCUGAGUUUAAACCAUUAAGUAUUAAUUAUAGUGUUAAGAAACGUAAAGAUGAUUCAAUUAAUAUAACUAAUCAUAUCAAACAUAAUGAAUAGAAUCGUAUUACUUUAAUUGAAUAUAAAUCUAAUGAAGACUUGAAAAAAUAAUUUAGAAUUUAACAUUAAUGUAUUUAUUUUUUAGGUAUAUUUUCAAUUAAUUAAUUGAAUGCAAAAGAAUUCUUAUUGGAUGUUAAACAAUAUCAUAAAAAUUAUUUAAGUAUUGAAGAUUCAUUUAAAUUAUUUAAAUAAGAAUGUUCUACUAAUAAAGAUGUCAAAAUAAAAUCAAUUAGAAUUAGUUUAUUAUGUCCUAUAACAUUAUAAUUAAUUAAUAUUCCAGCUAGAGGUAGAUUUUGUAAUCAUUUAUAAUGUUUUGAUUUAGAGAACUUUAUUACAGCUAUUGAUGAUUAAAAAGAUAAAAAAAUAUGGAAAUGUCCUAUUUGUAAAUUAAAAUGUUUUAAAUUCUUAAUUGAUGACUAUUAAUAAGUGAUUUUAGAAUUAAUCUCUGAGAAUAGUUUAUCAAAUAAAGAGGUUGAAUUUAAUGAGAAUGGAGAAAUAACAGAUAUGAUAUUAAGAGAAUUAUGUAAUCAAAGACUAAAAAAUCAAUAUUAAAUAAAUGAUCGAAUUAAGAAACAAAUUAAAACUGACUGA